AUGCCAGGCCGUUUGCUUCAGUCCCUUGCCAGGGUAGCGCCUUCGCCGUUGCCCAAGCUUGACAGCCACAAAUCCACUACUCCCCAUCCGCUCUUCCCCCCUGUUUACUCCUACGCACCUCCGGUCGAAGAGAGAGUCAAGUCUCAAGAGAAUCUCAUCAUGGCCCGUCUUCCAUUUGUGCGCCACCACAGCCAUGACGGCUCCAAGAAGAGCUCGCCGAAAGGUACACCGAAGGGCACUCCCAAGGCCAGUCCCAAGCUCGAACCCCAAGUAGCUGCAUCCAUGAACGUGAGCGUCGAGUCGCCACCAGUCGUGUUCUACAACAACCCACAGACGUCAGCGGGCGCCAUUUUCACCGGUCAGCUCAUGCUCAACGUGCAUGAGCCCCACAUCACCGUCGACAAGUUCGAAAUGAAGCUCCUCGCAAUCGUCACAACCAAGAAGCCCGUCGCUCAGCACUGCAACGACUGCUCCAGUCAGACCACCGAGAUCCACAGCUGGGAGUUCCUGACACACCCUGCUUCUCUUCGCCAUGGAUCACACAGCUACCCUUUCAGCCACCUGCUCCCAGGUCACCUGCCAGCCACCACCCACGGCAGCCUUGCGACCCUUGAUUACUAUCUCUCUGCCGUAGCAACUACCUCGAAGGGAGACAAGAUUACCUACAAGCGCGCCGUCGAUAUCAGGCGUGCCAUUUUCCCAGGAAACGAGAAGCACUCUAUUCGCAUCUUCCCACCAACAAACCUGACUGCUUCGGUCAAGCUUCCCCCAGUCAUCCACCCAAUUGGUGACUUCCCUAUCGAGAUGCGCCUCUCGGGCAUUGUCCAGAACAAGGCCGAUUCGCAGACGCGCUGGAGGCUUAGGAAGCUCAACUGGCGCAUCGAGGAGACCCAGAAGUUCAUCGCCCCAGCCUGCUCCAAACAUAUCUCCAAGGUUGGCGGAGAAGGCAAGGGCGUACUUCACGAGGAUGUUCGCGCCAUUGCGGCGGAGGAGGUCAAGACUGGCUGGAAGACCGAUUUUGAGCGCGGCGAGAUUGACGUCGAGUUCCACGCCACUUGCAAUGUUGCUCUCAAGCCACUCUGUGAUAUGGAUAGCCAGAGCGGCAUGAGUGUGAAGCACAAUCUCGUCAUUGAGAUGGUCGUUGCCGAGGAGUGGGCUCCGCUCAAGAAGCUCAGUCAGGCCACCCCAACAGGUGCUGCACGCGUUCUCCGCACUCAGUUCCACCUUGUUCUCACCGAACGCUCAGGCAUGGGCAUCGCUUGGGAUGAGGAACAACCCCCUGUCUACGAAGACGUCCCCGCUAGCCCGCCUACCUACAUGGAUGGCGUCGAGGUCCAUUUCCCUGCAGCUGACAGCACCGCCUCGUCUCGCUCAGCUUCCUUUAGUCUUGAGAGCUAG